AUGCUCCGCCUCCAAAAGCGGCUGCUCUCUCUCCUCUGCGACGGCGGCGCCUCCCCUCUCCCCACCUUCCCCCUCACCUCCCUCCACCGCCACCUCUGCGCCACCGCCACCGCCACCGCCACCGCCACCACCUCCACCGAGUCCCCUUUCUCCGCCCAGGACUACCUCGUCAACACCUGCGGCCUCACCCGGGCGCAAUCCCUCAAGGCGUCCAGGUCCAUCUCCCAUCUCAGGUCCCCCUCCAACCCCGACGCCGUCCGCGCCUUCCUCUCGGGCCUCGGCCUCUCCAGCUCCGACAUCGCCGCCGUCGUCGCCGCCGACCCGAAGUUCCUCUGCUCGAGGGUGGACGAGACCCUCGCCCCCCGCGUCGCCAAGCUUCGCGACCUCGGGCUAUCCCCUUCCAAGAUCGCGCGCCUCGUCUUGAUCGGCGCCCCGGCGUUGCGUUCCUGCGACGUCGCCAGCAGGCUUCGGUUCUGGAUCCCAUUGUUCGGCUCCUUCGACGAAUUGGUCAAGGCCGUGUCGAGGGGAGCUCUGGGAGGUGGUGCCCUCCUAAGGCGUGACAUUGACACGGUGGUUAAGCCCAACGUCGAGCUACUUCUGCGCUGCGGGUUAAAAAUCCCUCAUCUCGCGAAGACUGGCCUCAGUGGGACGUGGGUGCUCGUCUGCAGCCCAGAAAAGCUCCAGGUACUGCUCGCACGCGCAGAUGAGCUUGGGGUACCACGCGGCUCUGGCCAAUUCAUGUAUGCGCUCGGGACCGUCUCCUGCGUAACCCAAGAGAAGCUUGGUGCAAGAAUGGAGUUACUGAAGAAGACCCUUGGCUGCUCUGAUGACAUGCUGAAAAUUGCGGUCGUCAAGCACCCAAGCCUCCUAAGAUCAUCUGAGGACAACCUGCGCAGCACGGUAGAGUUCCUGAUCAACAAGGUCGGUCUUGAGCCAGAGUACAUCGUGCGCAGGCCCUCGCUGAUCACUUACAGCCUGAAGACGAGGCACGUGCCUCGGUACAUUGUCAUGAAGAUACUGCGGGGCAAGGGACUUCUGAGUUCUGACUAUUGCUCACUGCUUUCUGCGAGCGAGAUGUACUUCAAAUCAAGGUUUAUCGACCGUUACAAGGAGAGUGUUCCUGAGCUUGCAGAUGUGUAUGCCGCAGCUCGUGCAGGGAAAAUACCUCCUCACCUCAAACCUUGA